GAGGACAAGACGAAAGAAGCAAGCGCAAGGCCGCAAGCAUAGCGUUAGCUAAGCAGGGGAGACCGGCCGCGAAGCUUCUAGCAAAGUUUUAUAUUUCUAUUUUUCAACGAAUUUUAGGAAAUCUAAUUUUAUUUCUUUUGAAUUCAAUAUUUAAAAGGUUGCCAUGACUGUGCCAGACAAGAUCGAGCCGUACAACCCAGGCCCAAAUGUUGUGGACAUCUCUCCGAACAAGGAUGAGGGUGUCAAGAAGGAGAUCCUACAGGAAGGAUCAGGCAGGCUCAUUCCCAAGGGCUGCAAGGCGAUUGUGCACUACACCGGGUCUCUUCUGGACGGCACUGUUUUCGACUCUAGCAGAAGGCGCUCUUCACCUUUUGACUUCGAACUUGGCAAAGGCUCAGUUAUCAAAGCAUGGGACUUGGGAGUUGCAACCAUGAAAAAGGGCGAGAAGUCCAUGUUUGUUUGCAGAGCAGAUUACGCCUACGGCCAGAGCGGAAGCCCUCCAACUAUACCACCGAACGCUACCCUUGUUUUCGAAAUUGAACUGCUCGGCUGGGAAGGAAAAGAUGUCAGCCCAAACAGUGACAAAAGCAUCAUGAUCAAUGUCAUUGAUGAAGGCGAAGAAGGCCAUUAUGUCCUGAGCGAUGGUUCGAUGGUUGAUGUCAAUAUUAUUGGCAAGUACCAAGAGCACAUCUUUGAAACCAGGGAUGUUACUUUUAUGCUUGGUGAGGGAGCCGCCUUUGGACUGUGUGAAGGCUUGGAAAUCGCGAUUUCCAAAAUGAAAAAGGGAGAGAGAAUGGAAGCUGAAAUCAAAUCAAAAUAUGCCUUUGGCUCUGAAGGCAACUCUGCAUUGAACCUUCCGCCAAAUGCAGACAUUACCUAUGAAGUGUUCAUGAAACACUGCGAAAGGUCAAAAGAGAGCUGGGACUUGGAUAUGGAGCAAAAGCUGAGCGAGAGCAAGUUGUUCAAGGAAAAGGGCACACAAUACUUCAAAACUGGCGUUUACCCAGUCGCGCUGCGCAUGUACAAGAGGGCCGUGGAGCAUCUGGAGUACAGUGACGACUACAGUGAAGAAGCCAAAGCAAAGAAGGACGAACUCACUGAGUUGCUCCUCCAGUGCAGAUUAAAUAUUGGCAUGGUGUAUUUGAAGAUGAACAACAACAUCGAGGCUAGAGACAUCUGCACCAAGGUUCUUGAGCAACACCCGACCAAUGAGAAGGCCUUGUUCCGUCGCGGCCAGGCCAACAUGAACAUGAUGAAUUUUGAUGUGGCCCAAAAAGAUUUUGAGGAAAUCCUCAAAAUCGAACCUCAAAACAAAGCAGCUGCCAACCAAGUGAAACUGUGCGCUGUCAAAAUAAAAGAAGAGCUUGGCAAGGAGAAGCGUCUCUACGCAAACAUGUUUGAGAAGUUUGCGUCCAUCGACAAACAGAAAGAAGACGCUGAGAAACAGAAGCAACCAGACGUGCUCUCAUCUCUUGGCGAAUGGGGCCAAGACGAAAGUGAGCAAAAAAAAUCGACGUUCGAAGAAGAAAAUCCCGAAGUCCAGCUCUUAAGUAGCGCUGGCGAAUUUAAAAACAUGUAAUCUGCCAACUUAUCAGUCACAUUGCUAUCUAGUUUCUGUGAGACCAAAGUAUUUUGUGUAACAUUCCAUCAGUGUUCUAUGGAAUAAUUUCUUAUCGAGUCAGUGAAUUUGAUGAAAUCAAAUCUCAACCCCAUGAAAUUAAGCUUCGUUUUGGACGAAGGCCCAAAAUGUUGAUUAACUGUUCAUUUAGCGCUGCUCUUUACUGGUCAUUGUGUAGAUAUAUGCCAAGUGUUUUCACUUGAAUUGCUCUGUAAUUGCAAAUUACAAAUUUUGGAGGACUUUCGUCUUGAAUAUGAUCUCGCUUGACACGAUUCGGAAUCGCGUAGAACCAUUUGGAGCCUGCGAUAUUGCCUUCUGUUUGUGGAUGCGUUCUCAGCAUUUAAUAAAACCUUACCAUGCUUUGCUAAAA